AGAGAACGAUAGAGAGAGAUUUCACCAAUCACCUUUCAACACCUCCUCCGCCUCUUUCUGACAAUUCGCUUCUCAAUCAUCUUGUUGCAAGUGACCGCGGCAGAAGAAGCGCGACAUAGCGAUGAACGAAAAUACAAGAUCACUCACCUGUGCAACAACAUCGUUCAAUACGUCUCUCCAAGCAACCGAUAAAGUCUGACGCAACACCAUAGAGAAAUUCAUUUUGACGGUAGAACGGAGGCAGUGUCAAAGCGGCAACUUCUGGUUAUUAACAACUCUCUUUGGAAUCUGAUGCAUUUACAUAUCGGUUUAUUUUAUUUCGAUGAGGGAUGACAGCCUACGGACCCGUCCUCAAGUCUCCCCGCUGUUAUCAGCAAACAGAAUGUAGGCCUAUCCUACGAAUCGGAAAAUAGCCAUAUACGCUUCUUCUGGCAUGGAUGUUGGGCAUAUGCGAGCGCUGGAAAGAGAUACGUCUCUAUAUAAUUUCUGUGUUGAUGGAUAGACGUGGUGUGUAAAGCAUAACCACGAGGAUGCGCCCGUAGUCGAUUUGUUGGCAUACGCUACACCCUAAAUGUAGUGACAGGUUGGUCCAUAUCCCCGACAUUUGUCACAUCGAUAAAAGUAUAGGGUGAUUUAUGACUGGCUUUAACCAAAAUAUUUAGUAUAUGUUGGUAUUGAUACGACGUUCUGGGAAUUUUUAUCAUAUUUCAGAUGGCUUGCAACAAUUUGGUUCGUUCACGGCGAUUGAAUGCAUUUGUCAAAACAUUAACAGAUUAGCCUAAUUGAUCAUUGAUCUUACAUUGAUCAUUAUCAGAGUACAUCGAUUCGUAUAGAACGCAAGUUGAUGCAUUACAAGAGUAAUAGGCUGCAAAGAUAAACCCAACCAAAAGAUGAAAAAAAUCACCCUCAGAAGUGAUUCUGUAGGUUACCGAGGAAACGGAAAAGGGAUCGCAUUUCAGGUUUGGGAUUGGAAAACAGUCGGAAUAAAAGGAGCCGACGGAAGAGACCAAAGAGAGGCCGUGGUCAAAGAGCCUUCUGUGGGACUGCCUGACAAGGAGCUGCGGAUGCCAGCACUGGAAAGCGUGGCUUGGCGUUGGUGGAAGAAAGAAUCGAACAUGCGUGAGACAUCAUAACAAUCAUUAUAACAAAACAUACGCAUCACAAUAUAUUUUGAGUGAGCAAAUAGUCUACUAUAUUGUACAUUUUGUAGGGAGUUGCUGAUAUCCACCAUUUCCUAAAAAUAUAAUAAGUGAAUAUAUAGGGAUAUUUAUGAUGUAUUUAUCAAUAUUUAUUAUUUAGAACUGUAUACUGGAAUUUUCCAGUCUCUGUAAUAACCUAUUUGUAUUCUUAGUUGCACUGAGUAUACCAUUGUAACUUAUCAAAGUCAUUAUCCCAGACACAAGCUAAAUCCAUGUCACAAGCAACUCAAACUCACUUAAAACUGUACCUUGCUAAUCUUCAUAUCCAGAUUUUGCACAGUGAUAAGAACUGCCAAAAACAUGCACAGCCUUAACACUCCAAGUCCUCAAAAAUCCAUGUGUUCACUUAAAUUCACAACCUUUUGGCAAAAGACAUGUGCUUACUUCACAGAGAGCUCUCUGAAUAUAUUUAAAGUAUAUUAUAAUAAAGACAAAUGCACAGACAAAAAGCACAUCUACAGCAGAAGCAAACAUUUUAAAAUGCAUACUAAUUUAGCUUAAAUCAAUAAUACACAUAUUAUUAGGAACUCAUACUUCCUGUACAAUGUGUUGUGAAUAGUAUGGAUCUCAACAACAACUUUUAAGUGUCUCAUGUGGUCACAGAGAUAGUUGUUAAGCGCAAGCGAUCUUAAAAGAAGAGGACCCUAUAUACUAUUGCUGGACACAUCUCAGCCCACACCUUCAACCUGUGGACCAACCAAACGUGGAACCUACUACUACCGUGGUGUGCUAUAGUCAACCAUAGCUGAAAGCCACCUGGAAAAUGAACCCCCAUUCCUAAGUAACUUGGAAACCAGCCUUGAUUCUGCUGACCCGUACUCACCUUAACUUGGUUAUUGAGCUGCUCUGCUUGGAAGUCAACGAAUCGCAGCCUGUAUUUUGGAGCACGCUCGCGCUCGCAGGAAGAGCAUUGCCACUGCGAGACAGCCAAGCAUGGAAACCCCUCCCAUUGCCCCCCCACAAACCUUCAGACAACAAAGCUUCCUCAGUCGAAGGUUGAAGGGCUCCAUCAAAAGGGCAAAGAGCCAGCCAAAACUGGAUCGAACCAGCAGCUUCCGCCACAUGAUUCUACCCCGUUUCCGUAGUGCUGAUCAGGAGAGGACACGCCUAAUGCAGAGCUUCAAGGAGUCCCACUCCCAUGAGUCCCUGCUGUCACCUAGCAGCGCAGCAGAGGCUCUGGACCUUACGCUGGACGAAGACGCUGUCAUUAAACCCGUUCACUCCAGCAUAUUAGGCCAGGAGUAUUGCUUUGAGGUGACCACCCUUUCAGGGACAAAAUGCUUUGCCUGCCGAUCCGCUGCUGAAAGAGACAAAUGGAUUGAGAAUCUACAGAGAGCUGUCAAACCCAACAAGGACAACAGUCGCAGGGUGGACAACGUGCUGAAGCUGUGGAUCAUUGAGGCCAGGGACCUUCCGGCUAAGAAGCGGUACUAUUGUGAGCUUUGUCUGGACGACAUGCUGUAUGCACGCACCACCAGCAAGCCCCGCACGGACACCGUCUUUUGGGGCGAGCACUUUGAGUUCAACAACUUGCCUGCCAUUCGUAGCCUACGCCUGCACCUUUACAAGGAGACGGACAAGAAGAGGCGCAAGGAGAAGAGCACAUACCUCGGCCUGGUCUCCAUCCCCAUCUCCAGCAUCACGGGCCGGCAGUUCGUGGAGCAGUGGUACCCCGUGAUCCAGCCGAGCGCUCUGGCUAAGGGCGGUAGCGUGGGCAGUGGCAAGGUCAUUAACGCCUCCAUCCGCCUCAAGUCCCGCUACCAGACCAUGAGCAUCCUGCCCAUGGAGCUGUACAAGGAGUUUGCAGAGUACAUCACCAAUAACUACCGCACGCUGUGUGCCGUGCUGGAACCCUUACUUAGUGUCAAGAGCAAAGAGGAGGUGGCGUAUGCGCUGGUGCACAUUCUCCAGAGUACAGGCAAGGCCAAGGACUUCCUGUCCGACAUGGCGAUGUGCGAGGUGGAUAGGUUCAUGGACAGAGAGCAUCUGAUCUUUCGGGAGAACACCCUUGCUACUAAAGCCAUAGAGGAGUACCUCAAACUGAUAGGGCACCGGUACCUUAAGGAUGCCAUAGGGGAGUUCAUUCGAGCAUUAUACGAGUCAGAGGAGAAUUGUGAAGUGGAUCCCAUGCGCACUCCACCGUCUGUCCUCGCCGACCACCAAGCCAAUCUCCGCAUGUGCUGCGAACUGGCACUCUGCAAGAUUGUCAACUCUCAUUGCGUGUUCCCGCGGGAGCUAAAGGAUGUCUUUGCCUCUUGGAGGGUCCGUUGUGCCGAGAGGGGAAGGGAGGAUAUCGCCGACCGCCUUAUUAGCUCCUCCCUCUUUCUCCGCUUUCUGUGUCCCGCCAUCAUGUCGCCCUCUCUCUUCAACCUCACCCAGGAAUACCCUGGCGAGCGAACAUCGCGCACUCUAACCCUCAUCGCCAAGGUGGUGCAGAACCUGGCCAGCUUCUCCAAGUUUAGUGGCAAAGAGGACCACAUGUGUUUCAUGAACGAGUUUCUGGAGAUGGAGUGGGGGUCCAUGCAGCAGUUCUUGUACGAGAUCUCCAACAUGGACACGGGCAGCAACGUUGGCGGCUUUGAGGGCUACAUUGAUCUGGGCAGGGAGCUGUCAAUGCUCCACAGCCUGCUGUGGGAAGUCAUGGCCCAGUUGAGCAAGGAUGCUAUCCUGAAGCUUGGCCCCUUACCUCGCCUGUUGAAUGACAUAAGCGUAGCUUUGCGGAACCCCCAGCUCCAUCGGCAGGCCAGCCACCAGCCAGACAGACAGCAGGAUAGGCUCCUCACACGGCCCGCCUUCAAUCGUCUAGUUUCAUCUGAUUUCCAGAGCCUCAUGAUGCGGGACCUAAACAGCUCAAUCGACAUCUCCCGUCUUCCCUCCCCGACAUCGGGAGUGUCUGGGGGCGGGGUCCAUUCAUCUCAUGUCAACAUGGGAAGCUUUCCUGACCGAGACCCCCGCGGGUCCAAGGACAUUUUCUACGUGACCCGUCCUCCCCUGGCCCGUUCCAGCCCUGCAUACUGCACGAGCAGCUCCGACAUCACUGAACCAGAUCCAAAGGUCCUCAGCGUUAACAAGAGCGUGUCCAUGAUGGACCUACAGGAUUCGCGCGUGAACAGCAUCUCCAACCUCCAUUCAGUGGGCGACAUGCUCAACUCCUCUCAGGCCUCCAUCGCCGGCCUGGGUCACAGCUUCGGGAACCUGGGUGGCCCGGCCCGCGUGGGAGGCCACUUGUCCGCCGGCAGCUCUGGGGGCUCCGGCUUGAGGCUCAGCCAGAUGGGGGGACCCAUUUAUCACAUGGGGGGUCCCACCGACUCUCUCUCGCAGCAACAGCAGCAGGUGGCCGCCGCGAUGCACUUCCCUCUCUCCUUCCAGAACCCCCUCUUCCAUCUGGCUGCAGACGGCCCUCGUGGUCAACCCCACGGUCAUUCCCAGGGCCAGCCGCCUCCACUCCUUCUGGCCCCGGAGCCCGAGAACGCCCACCACCAACAGGGCUACGCGCGGGCAUUUGGCCACGGCGGCUUCUCGCGCAGCGAGGACCUGUCGGCCCUGAGGCCGCAGAGCAGCCUGGUUCAGCCCAGUAUCGUCCACUCGCACAGCUACAGCGACGACUACACGCGGCAGAACCAGAACGCGGAAUACGCCCGUCGCCAGCUGUCGCUGCAGGUGCAGGAGAACCUCCAGCAGCAGAUCCUGAUGGGCCUGACCCCUCAGACAGCCACGGGCACGGGCACCCCCACCUCUGUGGCCACUCCCCCCUCCACCGUGCACCCUGUCCGUCACGGCUCCGUAGCACCGCCUCCCCCGCAGCGCCUCAAAUCCCAGCUGUCCAUCAGCCCCGGGGCCACCUCCACCCCUCCCAAGGCCCGCCCCCAGAGCAGGAACCUCCUUCUCCAGUCGCCGGAGUCCAGCUUUGGCGGACGCCAGAAUUCGCCACAACAGCAGCAGCAGCAGCAGCAUCAGUUGUCCGUCAAACAGUCGGACAGCCCGGCCCCCGGGCUCCCGCACCAGUCCAGCUCCGCCAGGGACAGCCAAGGGGCGCCGCAAGGGGGUAAUGGAGAGACCACGGACACACCGACGAAGAGCACAAAGCAGCCCCAGCAGCAGUCCCAGCAGCAGCCUCCUCCGCAGCAGCACCUGCUCAAGCCUACUGUCAAUAAACAGGGUUCUCAGUCCCCCGCGACCUUGACCCCGACCCCCAACGAGCGCACUGUGGCCUGGGUGUCCAACAUGCCACACCUCUCAGCUGACAUCGAAAUCCUGCGUAGCUCUUCAAACCUUGAGGACCUCAAGCUGAAGGAGUACUCCAAGAGCAUGGAUGAGUCACGGAUGGAUAGGGUAAAGGAAUACGAAGAGGAGAUCCAUUCACUUAAGGAGCGCCUGAUAAUGUCCCAUCGGAAGCUAGAGGAGUAUGAACGCAGGAUGCUUUCACAGGAGCAGCAGACCAGCAAGAUCCUGUCUCAGUACCAGAGCCGGUUGGAUGACAGCGAACGCAGACUGAGGCAGCAGCAGGUGGAGAAGGACAGCCAAAUCAAAGGCAUUAUCAAUAGGCUGAUGGCAGUGGAGGAUGAGUUGAGAGUGAGUGCCAUUCCUGAAAUCAAGCCCAGAAUGUUCAGAGAGCAGGAAGAGGACUCUUCCUCUCUGGGUUCUGCGGACCCUCAGGGUCUUCCCGGAGGGGGGGGUGGGACGGCCGCCGUCACUGCCAGGCCUGGGGUCUCCACUUCAGGCCUCACCUGUGCCAGCUCCCCUUGGAACGGAGCCCUCCCUCCCCUCCCCCCUCCCCGUCUCCAUGCCAGCCACAACGGCGAGUUGACAAGUGGCAACCGAGCCUACCCCUCAACUACCACCAUGGUUACGCCAGCCAGGAGCACGGCAACGUGGACCUCGGCAACAGCAACGUCAGAUCCGAGCUUAACCGGGAGGAGGGCAGUCUAAUAACGAAAUCCAAUUCAACCGUGUUACGGAGGACACCCUGGAACCUGACUGGCAGAUCACAUGUAGUCAGAGCGGAUAUGGGUCCAGGCCAAAUCCUACUGGUUGACCAAGGCAGAUCAUAGAGGAGCUCUGCAGUACAUGGCUACUUUAGAUCUGUUCAAUGCCCCACAACAAGCUGAGCUUUUGGAAAUAUAGAAGAAAAUUGCAUGCAUUUUCUCUCUCUCUCUCUCUCUCUCUCUCUGCAAUACCAUGACUCAACCCUGGUGACAAUCAGCUCAGUAUGAGCAGUGAUGUUUACAUUGUCUGCGUGUUGCAGUGACUCAUACGCGAGUGAUGGAACAUGGCAAUAUUGAACCUGUGGUUUCCAUUGUAAUGGGUAGGACAAAGCACAAUCCUGAGUGUGUUUACAUGAACACUAAUAAUUUGAUAUGAAACUGAAUAUGGCCAUUGGCCAAGUAUAGCAUUUUUCAUGUUUAUUUUAAUUAAUUAAUUAAUUUAUUUUGGGGGGGGG